CAGUUCGUAAUUGCUUUGCUGCGACAAAAAACCAUCAUGGCAGUCGUGGAUGUUUGUUGGGGCUGAUUGCAAACGUCUGCGUGGACGUUUUUCUUAUUUUUCGUCGCUUUUGUUGCGAAAUUUAGGUAAGAGGCGACCUGUUGCAUUGUCUUCGAGUUGACACCGCCGAAAAAAUCAAGUCCUCACGUGUCUCGUCGCCGAAAGGCGGCUUGUUUACAAAUUGUGCCAGCGAUUUCGAAAUGGGCGUCACUCCCUUCGUGUGUGUGCAUGCCUUUCAUACAAAUUAAAUAAACGGAUUGGCCGAAAGUGGCCCAGUAUAUACAUAAAGUUCGCCAUAGCAACGCUGCGCUUGUUUUCACCGCCUGAAAAGUUUCACCGCACUUCUCGAAGAAAUCUGAACCAUGUUCUCGAAGAAAAAGAAGAAACCGCUGAUUUCGCCGCCAACCAACUUCCAGCACAGGGUGCACACUGGAUACGACAGAAAGGAGGGCAGGUACGUCGGCCUGCCGCUGCAAUGGGCCGGCAUCAUUGGCAACAACCAAAUCCUCAGGAGUACAAACAGACCGCUUCCCAUGGUGGACCCUUCGGAGAUCACCCCGACGGAAAUCCUCGACCUGAAGACCAUUGUCCGCGGGCCUUCGGACCUCGUGGGUCGGCCGUCUCGGGAGAACGGAAUCCCGAAAACGUCGAGCGUGGCGCGCUCCAACUCGCUGCGGUCGUCCAGUCCGACCAGAAUGCGCCACUUGGCGGCAACGGUGAGGCCCAACGUGCCGCAGGCCGUGCCCGAGGGCGAGGUGCUGGCGUCCGGGCCGCCGUCCAGGAACAUCACGCCCAGUUUGCCAGCUAACAUGCCGCCGAGGAAUGAUCUCUACAGGACGGAGCAGCAAAAUCACAAUUAUCCUCUGCCACAGCUCUCACCAAAUUCGCAGCAACCUUUCGGCAAAACACCACCACCAGUGGGACCGAAGUACCCUCCUCACAUUGGACAGAACGGCAGCGGGCACACGACACCAGACAGCUACACACACCAGCAGAACGGACCCAUGAACCACGUGAACACGCCACCUCCUCAGGUGCCGAUGAAGGGCAACGGAUUUGGCGCCGUGCCAAGGAAUGUGCCCCAGCCGCGCGACUCGUACCCUCCGCAGCCCAUGAAGGCCUACCCACACCCCCACAGCGGCGGCGUCGGCGGCCCGGGGAUGAACCACCAGUUCCAGCCCCCGCACCACCAGCAGCACUCGCCGCCGCCGCGGCCCAACUACGGCCAGCACCCUCAGGCGCAGAACAUGAACCAGCAGCAGCAGCUCGCCUACCACGCGCAGAUGCAGCAGCAGCAAAUGCAGCAGCAGCAACAACAACAACAGCAACACUACCCUUACCCUCACCCUCAGGGCCAAACGGCCAACAACAACCACCACCAGCCCCCUCCCCCGCCGCAGAAGCCCCAGCAGAUGCACCCGGCUAUGAGAGACCACCCCAUGAUCAGGGCGAGUCCAUCGAUGGGUUCAAUGCCAGACCAAAACCAAAACAUGCGACCUUCGCCUCCUCAGGGCUCCAUCAGCUCAAUGCAUUCUGGUGCCGGCUCAAGCAAAGGUGCGCCCACACCUCCACCUGGCAGCAAACAACACUACGAACAACAACGACUUACCCACGAACAGUUCCGGGAGGCACUGCAAAUGGUCGUGAGUCGGGAAGAUCCCAGGGAGAAUCUCGAAUCGUUCAUGAAAAUCGGCGAAGGGUCCACAGGCAUCGUGUGCAUCGCGCUGGACAGGUCCACCGGCAGGCAGGUGGCCGUUAAGAAAAUGGACCUCAAGAGACAACAGAGGCGAGAACUGCUCUUUAAUGAGGUGGUGAUCAUGCGGGACUACCACCACGACCACAUUGUAGAGAUGUUUGACAGCUUCCUGGUCCAAGACGAGCUCUGGGUGGUGAUGGAGUAUCUGGAGGGCGGUGCGCUCACCGACAUAGUCACGCACGCGAGAAUGGACGAGGCGCAGAUCGCCACCGUUUGCCUGCAGUGCCUGAAAGCCCUCGCCUAUCUGCACUCGCAGGGAGUCAUCCACAGGGACAUCAAGUCUGAUUCGAUAUUGCUUACAGCAGACGGAAAGGUUAAAUUGUCAGACUUUGGCUUCUGCGCCCAGGUGUCCCAAGAGUUGCCAAAAAGGAAAUCAUUAGUGGGCACGCCGUACUGGAUGUCUCCUGAGGUGAUUUCGCGCUUGCCGUACGGACCGGAGGUGGACAUCUGGUCGCUGGGAAUCAUGGUGAUAGAAAUGGUGGACGGGGAACCGCCCUUCUUCAACGAGCCACCCCUGCAGGCGAUGAGGCGGAUCAGAGACAUGCCUCCACCGAAACUGAAGAACGCCCACAAGGCGUCUCCCAGGUUGCUGAACUUCUUGGACAGAAUGCUGGUGCGCGACCCCGCUCAGCGAGCGACGGCGGCCGAACUGCUGUCCCAUCCAUUCCUCCGACAGGCGGGUGGUUCGGAGCUGCUGGUCCAAUUAAUGCAUGUCGCCCGCAACAACGCGCCCUGAACGAACCAUUCCCCGCCAGCUGUAACCUGAAACCUUGAUGCCUUACGAAUGAAAGCAACACGUCCUCUUAACUGCUAUUUUAUCAUGUUGAUGACGGUCGAGCACGGUAGCUGGGAUCGUUUUUUGGUUUCUUCGUAGAGCUAAUUGUGCAAUAUUACAGCUCGUUUUUGUACAUAUUUUUGUUCAUUUUGUCCAUAGUUCGAUUUUACGCACCUUGCUUACCAUGUGCCGUCCUCUUAAUGUUCAAGACUUGACCGCAUUCUCAUUCACUUAAUGCCAGGGAAAUCCAGAGAGCGAGCUCAAAUUUCGGCAGCCGAACGAGCUUUUUGUACUGUGUAGAUAUAUAUAAUUAUACCUAAAAUGCUAGAACUGCAGUGAUAACCGAUGCCUGAAAUGAUAUUCUCAAUUAUCUGCUUUUUGCACUGUCCUCUUUUUUCUAUUGGAAGCUUUCGCACUCUCACGCAGACAUCACUAAGUUUAAGCCAACUUCCGGAGCAGGUUAUUUGAUUAUUAAGUUAAUGUUUAACCGCAGCGGUGGUAAUAGUUUUGUGUUUUUAAAUAGAUACGAACGUGGGCUGGUUUAAUAACCAGGGUUGCAAAUACCCGCGCUGGUUUUCCAAUUUUUCUCAUUCUUCAUUCAACAUUUUCUUGCAGAUGAGUUGACCGUGAAAUUUCGAUAUUAAAAAAUUGUAAAGACUUGUGUACAAAAUUUUAUCGUAUCAUAAAUUCACCACUAGUGAAGCCCCUUCAGUAGAUUUCAUUUUGGAAGGCACUUUUCCCUUGUGAUUCCAGACUUAAUCCUGUUGCUGUGAAUUCAGCUCGUUAAAUUAUUUAUUUUGGUGCGCUGAAAACCAAAACCGUGUCAGCUAAUCGCCGUAGAAAUGUGAAAAUCAAUUUUUUUUAAAUAUAAAAACCAUUCCCAACGUUUCUACUGCGAUUGGCUGAAUUGAUUUUUGUUUAUAGCACAUCUGAUGAAAUUAUAUCAAGAGCAGAAUGCACAACAGCAAGAUUGAGUAUAUUAAUCGGAAAUAUACGGUGGCGGCUUCCAAAACUAACAAAAGGGGCUUUCGUCACAGCGGUGAAUUGGGUCAGAAAAUUGCGAAAACUAUGAGAAAAUGCAACCCUGUAAAUAACUGAUUAGUGACAUGAGUACCUGUGCCUAAAUUAGCCGUUAAUGCAGUGGACAGUAUUUUCUACCGAGCGACUAUGACUACACCUUUUUGUUGUAAAUGAUUUUACUCUUCUUGGACCAUUUGUUGCAUACAAAGUACGUAUUAUUUGCUUGUGAUGCGUGUGUGUAAUGUAUUUUUUGCUCUUGACAGAGCAGCGAGAUAUUUGUGUCAUAAAAUAGCUUUAUCGCGGACGAUUGCGGUUAUUAUGAUUAAAAUUGAGAACAUGUCGUAUUCGCUGUAAUUAUUAUUUCUAUAUAAAUAUACUGGAAUAUUGUUUCGUUAUCAAGCAACGUACUUAAAAAGUGGACAUUCCAUUGCUUCAAUAUUUUGGGCCUGCAGAGAGCUGCAAGCAUUUUCGUCGUAAUCCUGGAUGAACCCUGUUAUUCUUAAUAAAAAUUUAUAAUAUACCUGCGA